CUUGACUUUUAUGCCCUGUGAAACUUUGCUUUUAUUUCUGCUAGACAGCCAUGUUGGUGAACUUGACCAUGGGACCGAAGAGGAAAGGGCCGAGGGCCCCGGCCAACGUGGAGCCAAACCCAGCUACAUCGGGUGAGGACAGUCCGGACAUCGACGACAGAAGAAAGCAAUCUGGAGCGGAUUCAUCGGACUUCCAAGUUUUCGUCCGGGCUACACUUAACAAAUUGGUGGAGGGGCAACGCCUUUUAGAGGCUCAACUUGGGGCCUCCAUCGAGUUCAACAGCGGAAGGAUCACCACACUCGAAAAAAACAAAACGGAGGUGGAGGGCGACAUCAGAGAUUUGAAACAAGAAGUCGGCACCUUAAGAGACCAACUCGACCGCCAACAGUCCGAAAUUAAUAAACAAGAACGUUUUUCGAGACGCAAUAACUUUCGUGUUGUCGGAAUGGAGAGGGUCGAAGGGGAAAACUGUCUCGAAAGAAUUGAAGACCUGCUAAUCGACAAGUUCCACUGGGUCGACGCACCAAGAAUAGAGCGAGCUCAUCGGGACGGUCAAGACAGAACCGGUAAGCCAGCCCAUAUUCUGGUUAAAAUGCUGUCAUACAGGGACAAAAUUACGGUACUAAAAUCCCAUCGUUCUGCAUUGGAGGGCCUACCCCUGUUCGUAGUUGACGACCUCACGGCAAAGGAUGGAGCAGAGAGAUACAAAUGGAAACUGGAGGUUAAGAAACUGUACGACCGCGGAACAAAGUUGCGUUUCUUUGCGGGUUUUUGGCGUAACUCUACGGGAGCUCAACACAAGUUUGACUAAAAAAACAUCGUUUCUUCAUGAACAAUAAUUCAAUUGUGGAGACAUAUCCAGACCUACUUUUCCAGUAAUAAGGUAUUUUGAUGUGUUGACCUUUUUUCAGAGGUGUAGUUGGUCCUUUAAUAAGUUAUAAGCUAUAUAUUCAUUUGCUGUUCACGUUUGGUUAAUUAUAUAAUUUCUUUUUGCUUUGGUAUUUCUCAUAAUCUGGUUAGGGUAGUUUAUUUUCCCUCGUUUUUCUACCUAUCUGCCUGGUUUGCGUUAAACGUGGGUUUCAGUCCGUAUUGCUACUUGUUCUUAUUUUUUUAUUUGCGGAGUUCCCAGGGGUCUUUUCAAUGGCUAAAUUCCAUUUAGCUUUGGUUUUUGGACGGGUUCAUC